CUUCUGACUUAUGAAGUGGGGGAAGGAAGCAAAAGACAAAUUAAAUAAUUAUUUUUAGUUAAUAUUUAAAUUUGAUAUAAUAUCAUAAAACAACAAUGUUCAGGUGAUUUCUAUAAAUUUCAAUUUUUUUAUUUAUUUUAAGAUCAAAAUCCAAAUUAUCCAAAUAUCGUAUUUUUAAUUUGGAUUUUGGGUACAAAUUCUGAGUCUCACUCACCAUAAUGGCAAUCUCUGCAUUGGGUGGAAAUAGUCAUCCCACGUCGAACGGGUCGGAUCCAUCGGAACCCGGUCAAGUGCACGGAACCCUAACCAGCUCACUGACGGACCGCCUGUGUCGCUUAAUCGAGACAAACGCGGAAGCUCAAACUGUCAAAGGAAAGCGAGAAGACAACCUUAAAACAGCGUCAUAUGCGCCUCAAGCAUCGGAAGACAAUCACAAAAAUCUAGUCGAUCCGCCGGAGGAUCCCCUGUUGAAAUCCAGCUGCUUUAUCGAGACCAACGUGGUCAGAAAUGGAGAAACACUGAUCGGAGCUGAAACUGUCGAUCUCCAAACGGCGUCGCACGCGUCUCAAUCAUGCGGCGUCGGUGCGCCUGACGGCGAUUCAAAUUGGGCAGGGGAGGUGAGGCCGUCAUUGGACAAUUCUGCGUCUCAAUCGGAGUCUCAGCCGCGGCGAGGGAGGAAGAGAGCUUCGGAGGCGACAGCGAGUAUGGCUUCAGUGGAAAGGGAGGACUGGUUGCCGCCGGGUUGGAUUGUGGAGGGCAGGGUUCGAAGCUCUGGUGCUUCUGCUGGAUCGAGAGAUAAGUAUUUUAUAGAACCAAUCACAGGCCGGCGAUUCAGAUCCAAGAAAGAGGUGCGGUACUAUCUUGAAACAGGAGAGGUUCGAAAGAAACCAAAGAAAAAUCCUGAUAACUCUCCAGAGAAGGGAACAAAGAGUCCUCCCUUGAACUUUAAUUUUGAAGAUGUGCCAGACACUGUCAAAUGGGUCCGGACUGGUUCAUCUGAAGGUUGGACUCCUUUUAUUAAUGGCCAAGAGGUUCCCGAAUCCAGCAAGCGAGACUGGGCUGCUGCUUUCGAGUUCCUUGCAUUGAAAAGUAGCUGGCGCCCAACAUUUUGAAGGCCUUAUGGGAGUAUGAUAGGGUUCUUUUUGUAUACAAGGUACCCCAUUGUUGCUAAACUUAACAAUAAGGAUGUGUUUGGUGGCAGAAAUAGGAAUGUGAAUCAGAAUAUUACCCGGAAAAAGUUUUGGCUUUGGCAGAAAUAGGAAUGUGAAUGUGAAUCAGAAUAUUACCUGGAAAAAGUUUUGGCUUUGGCAGAAAUAGGAAUGUGAAUCAGAAUAUUACCUGGAAAAAGUUUUGGCUUCCAUCAUAAUGAAUCUUUGAUUCCUAUUCCGAUAUUUAGUAAGUAAAA